UUAACCACGUUAUCCUCUCUCUCUCUCUUUCUUCUCUAACUAUACAAAAAGGAAAAGAUUCUGAUCACACUGUAACAAGCAAGAAUCAAACACCAUGGAACUCUCUCUGUUCCACCAUCAGCACCAUCCUAUGAUGUUCCUCAAUUGCCCCAUUAGCUUAACAAGAACACACACAACACUUAACAAGAAAAAUUCAUACAGGUUAUCAUGCCACUGUUCAUGUUCUUCCACAAAAAACACUACAGCAGAACCAGUUACAGUGUCUUCUUUGAGUAUUGAAGGAAGGAGAGCAUUACUCAGUUGUCUCCUCACAACUUUUUGUGGAGUCUAUGCAUGUGAUGUGGCUGGAGCUGUUAGCACAAGUAGAAGAGCUCUAAGAGGAGCAAAAAUUCCUGAAAGUGAUUAUACAACCUUACCCAAUGGCUUGAAGUACUAUGAUUUGAAGGUCGGGAAUGGAGCCGAAGCUAAAAAGGGAUCUCGUGUUGCAAUUCACUAUGUGGCCAAAUGGAAGGGUAUCACCUUUAUGACUAGUAGACAAGGAAUGGGUGUUGGAGGAGGAACGCCCUAUGGAUUUGAUGUAGGGCAAUCAGAGAGAGGAACAGUCCUUAAAGGGUUGGAUUUAGGCGUAGAGGGCAUGCGAGUAGGAGGCCAGCGACUAUUGAUUGUUCCUCCUGAACUUGCCUAUGGAAGCAAGGGAGUGCAAGAAAUCCCUCCUAAUUCAACGAUUGAGUUGGACAUUGAACUGCUUUCUAUCAAACAAAGUCCAUUCGGGACUCCUGUAAAGAUAGUUGAAGGUUAAUACAAUGAUUUCAGAGUGCUUAGUCGACAUUUUAAGAGAAGAAAAAUAUGCCCACCCACUCACCGGCCUUUACUUUUCCCAAUAUCUCAAUGAACAAUCUUUUCUGGAGCUACUAUUGUUUCAAUUCAGAUUUCUGUUCGCACGGAGUUGUAAAGUUCAUCAGAUGUGAUUAUCAAAACGAAAAUAAAGCAGUGAAGAAAAUAACCGCAUCUGUUUUCA